AUGAUUCAUCAUCUUGCUACUGCAGCUUUUGCUGCAUAUGGCGUUUCUUUCUCCAUCUAUUACGUGGCUCACUUUGCACGUCACCUGAAGCAUGUAUUCAGCAGUGCUGAUCCUGAGCUCCUUCUAGAGAAAGAGCAGGAGCAGACUGCUUCAUCAGAGAUGCCAUGCCAGACUCAGGCAGAGCUGUUCCCAGCCCGAGAGCAGGAAGAGCAGCUCAGGCAGCAGGUGGAAGAGCCACAGGAGAAUGGCCAGAACAUCAAGGCAGAGCCACAAGCAGAGCUGCCCGAAGCUCAGAGUGCCAUCAUAGCAGUGAAGAGGAGGAACAAGGAUGACAUGAGUGGGAUUCAAAAGAUAAAUCUCAAUCAGCACAGGGGAGAUUGAGGGAAAAACCAGGUGAGGGAAAGAAUGGCAACCAUUUCACUCAUGAAACAGAGUCCACUCCCUUGUUCACAGAACAUCAAGGAAUACCUGCAGGAAGAGCUGCAGAAAACUGAAGCUAGGAUCAAGGCAUUGGAGAAGAGGCUGGAGGAAGAAAUGAAAAUCAUUACAGAGAAUGUUAAUCCCCUCCCUCAGGCUUCAGAAAAUCAAGUGGCCAUAAAGAAAAUGAAUCUUCAAGGACUGAGGAAGAAGGAACUAAAAGUCAAUGAACUAAUGGUCAUGAAAAUGAAUAGGAAUCCACAGCUGAUCAACUGUUUUGACAGCUACCUUGUGGAUAAGCAAUUCUGGCUGGUUAUGGAGUACAUGGACGGAGGCACUCUGAGCGAUGUCAUCAGCAAGACCUAUCUGUGUGAAGAUGAGAUGGCAGCUAUCAGUCAGGAGUGCCUGAAAGCACUGGAUUUUCUCCACUCAAACCAUGUGAUCCACCAAGAUGUGAAGAGUGGCAACAUCCUUCUCAGAACCGAUGGCUCUGUCAAGCUGGCUGACUUUGGCCUCUUUGCUCAGCUCACCCCUGAGCAGAGCAGGCAGAGCUCCGUGGCCAGCAUUCCUGGGUGGAUGGCUCCUGAAGUGCUGACAGGUCAACCAUAUGGCCCCAAAGUGGACAUAUGGUCUUUUGGAAUCGUGGGCAUUGAAAUGGUGGAACGAGAAGUUCCUUACUGGAAUGCCACUCCUGUCUUGCCUCAACUCCUGAUAGCCACAGGAGGCAGACAAAAGCUGUGGCAGCCCAACCUAUUUUCAUCUUGCCUGCGAGACUUCCUGAGCUGCUGCCUGCAGAGAGAUGAGGCGCGGCGCUGGUCUGCCAAGGAGCUCCUGCAGCAUCCAUUUGUAACUUCAGCGGAGCCAGCGUCCACCCUGGCACCACUCAUCAACUCCGUGAAGAAGAAGGAGAAGUGGAGAAGAAGAAUGUAA